AUGCAGUUAGGGGAGCAGCUCUUGGCCAGCGCCGCUAGCCUGGCUGGGCCCCCCUUCUACCCGCCGGAGAGCAGCAGCGCCCGCGGCCACCGCAGCCAGCCCAGCUCGGGAUCCCCGCAGCGCCUGGACUUGGACAAGGGGCCGAAGAAGUGCGGCGGCGCCGGGCCGGGCAUGCUGAGCGAGGCGGAGGCCGGCGAGCCCUUCCCCGUCGCGGGCUCCAAGCAAGGCGCCCCGGACGGCCGCAAGGCGGCCCCUUGCGGGGAGGCCGAGCUGCCCCCGGCCGCCGCCGCCCGCUACCCACUGGACAGCCUGAGCCCGGAGCGCUACUACCUGCAGUCCCCCGGGCCGCAGGGGGCUGAGCUGGGCGCGCCCUGCUCGCUCUUCCCCUACCCGGCGGCGCAGCACGGCUCAGUCUACCAAUCGCCCGGCGGGGCGCGCUACCCCUACGGCUCCAUGCUGUCCCCGGGGGGCUUCUCGGCCGCCGUGUGCUCCCCGGGCGGCCGGGCGCAGUUCGGGGGCGGCGGCGGCUACCAGUACGGCCAAGGGGCGGCGGGGCCCCUGUACAGCCCCUACCCGGCGGCGGGCUCCUGCGGCGGGCUGGGCGCCUUAGCCGUGCCCGGCUCGGGGCCAGGGCUCCGGGCGCAGGUCUUCCUCUGCAACCGCCCGCUCUGGCUCAAGUUCCACCGGCACCAGACGGAGAUGAUCAUCACCAAGCAGGGCAGGCGGAUGUUUCCCUUCCUGAGCUUCAACAUCACCGGCCUCAACCCCACGGCGCAUUACAACGUGUUCGUGGAGGUGGUGCUGGCCGAUCCCAACCACUGGCGCUUCCAGGGGGGCAAGUGGGUGACGUGCGGGAAAGCGGACAACAACAUGCAAGGCAACAAAGUGUAUGUUCACCCUGAGUCCCCGAACACUGGGGCUCACUGGAUGAGGCAGGAGAUCUCUUUUGGAAAACUAAAACUGACCAAUAACAAAGGUGCUAACAAUAAUAAUACUCAGAUGAUAGUACUUCAGUCUCUACACAAAUACCAACCUCGACUUCAUAUUGUGGAAGUGACGGAAGAUGGGGUUGAAGAUCUGAAUGACUCUUCAAAGACGCAGACGUUUAUUUUCCCGGAAACCCAGUUCAUAGCAGUUACUGCAUAUCAAAACACUGAUAUCACUCAGCUUAAAAUUGACCAUAAUCCUUUUGCAAAAGGCUUCAGGGACAACUAUGAUUCCAUGUACACAGCUUCAGAAAAUGACAGAUUAACUCCAUCUCCCACGGAUUCUCCUAGAUCCCACCAGAUUGUCCCAGGAGCCCGGUACAGCGUGCAACCAUUCUUCCAGGAACAGUUUGUCAACAACUUGCCACCAGCCAGAUUUUACAAUGGUGAGAGAACUGUACCUCAGACAAAUGGCCUUCUCUCUCCUCAGCAGAAUGAAGAGGUGGCCAAUCCUCCCCAGAGAUGGUUUGUUACUCCUGUGCAGCAGCCUGGUACCAACAAACUGGACAUGAACGCCUAUGAAACAGAAUAUUCUCCUAGCACCUUGCUCCCCUAUGGCAUUAAAUCCCUUCCCUUGCAGACAUCCCAUGCUUUGGGAUAUUAUCCUGAUCCAACAUUCCCUUCCAUGGCAGGGUGGGGAAGCAGAGGUUCUUAUCAGAGAAAAAUGGCGACUGGGUUACCUUGGACCUCCCGAACAAGUCCCCCAGGUUUCUCCGAAGACCAUCUUCCCAAGGAGAAGGUGAAAGAAGAAAUCGGCUCAUCCUGGAUAGAGACCCCACCUUCCAUAAAAUCUCUAGAUUCAAACGAUUCUGGCGUCUACACUAGUGCUUGUAAGAGAAGACGACUCUCUCCUAGCACUUCCAGCAAUGAAAAUUCUCCAAUAAUGAAAUGUGAAGACAUGAAUGCUGAGGACUAUAGCAAAGACACUUCAAAAGGCAUGGGCUACUAUGCUUUCUAUACUACUACUUAG